ACGUCAUGUAUGACAGUGACAUAACAUCCAUCGAUUCGUACCGGAGUUUUAUAGUCUAACACUGAAUACAGUAAUAAAAUAACCUAUACGUUGCACUAAAAGAACAAAUUUAUUAUGUCGGGAUUAUUAGCAGCAGUGUUACAACCUUUGCGGUUUCUACGACAAGGGCUGCAUACUAUCAGUCAAGUCACUCCAACCACUAGUUUAGUGAAGCCAGACAGCUUCUCAUUGCAAUCAAUCAGGACAAAUGUUCGCUGUUAUUUCCCAAGACCCAACGAAGUGAAAAGAGUCCGUCGUCACGGUUGGAAAGCUAGGAUGUCCACACCAGCGGGCAGAAGGAUCAUCAUGAGGAGGUUAUUGAAAGGCAGAUUUGUUUUGACCCACUAAACAUAAGCAUUAUCGGAUAAAUAGUUUUAGAAAAUAAAAAAGCUUAUAAAAAUUGCAA